UGUGUUGACGACAGUACCAGUGUGUUGACGGCAGUACCAGUGCGUUGACGACAGUACCAGUGUGUUGACGGCAGUCAGUCGCCACAACAUCCAGCAACAUGGCAGACGGUCGUCGUCCCGACGAGACUGUGAUGGAAAACCAACAGUGUUCAGCGGCGGGAGAUGGCGGGUCACCGGUGGCUUCUGCUGCUGCUGCUGCUCGGGACAAACCCGUGUGUCUGAUCGUGCUGGGGAUGGCGGGGUCCGGGAAGACCACCUUCGUUCAGAGGCUGACGGCUCACCUCCAUAAUCGGAAAACUCCUCCAUAUGUCAUCAACCUUGACCCCGCUGUCCACGAAGUGCCCUUCCCUGCGAACAUCGACAUCCGGGACACGGUGAACUACAAGGAGGUGAUGAAGCAGUACGGCCUCGGACCCAACGGAGGCAUCGUGACGUCACUCAACCUGUUCGCCACGCGCUUUGAUCAGGUGAUGCAUUUCAUAGAGAAGAAGCAGCAGAAUCACAGGUACGUGCUGAUCGACACCCCGGGUCAGAUCGAGGUCUUCACCUGGUCGGCGUCUGGAACCAUCAUCACAGAGGCUCUGGCGUCAACCUUCCCGUGUGUCGUGAUCUACGUGAUGGACACGUCCCGCAGUGUCAACCCCGUCACGUUCAUGUCCAACAUGCUCUACGCCUGCAGUAUUCUCUACAAGACCAAGCUGCCCUUCAUCGUCGCCAUGAACAAGACGGACAUCAUCGACCACAGCUUCGCAGUGGAGUGGAUGCAGGACUUUGAGGUCUUCCAGGACGCCCUGAACCAGGAAACAUCGUACGUGAGCAACCUGACGCGCUCCAUGAGUCUGGUGCUGGACGAGUUCUACACCGACUUGAGGGUGGUGGGCGUGUCCGCGGUGACGGGAAGGGGAUUGGACGAGCUGUUCGUUCAGGUGGAGGAUGCCGCCGAUGAGUACGACAGAGACUAUCGGCCAGAAUACGAGCGACUUCGCCGACAGCUGGCCGACGCCCAGAGCAGGAAGCAGCAGCAGCAGCUGGAGCGACUCAGGAACGACCUGGGAGCCGUGGACAUCGGCAGCUCACCUGCCGCAGAGGUCUCUGACAUCACGGGCCCUAGUGACCUCAUCAUGAUGCGCGGUAACCGUGACGAUGACGAGGACUCAGAGGAGGAGGAGGAGAGUGACACGGACGACAUCGACCACAGCGCUACGGAGGAGAGCAAAGAGGGCGACGCCUUCGGGAACUUCCUGAAGGAGAGGAAGGAAGUGGUCCAGGUCCGAAACAGGAAGGGCGCCGUGCCCGAGGGUCACUGACAUCUGACCUGUGAGGGAACGCUGGGGGGAACAGAUAACAUGCGGACGUACAGGAGAUGUCUGAUGAUGAACUGAGCUUCCUGUUUGAUCAGGUGACCUCUGACCUCCACUCCUCCUACCUGAAAAUAUAAGUUAUAUUUUUAUAUCAGAGCAGAAUCUUCUAUUGUUCUUUCCUCUUGUUUUUUUUUCUUUACAGUUGUGACUUUUGUAUGUAAAAAAAAUAAAAAAUAAAAAGAAAGGAUGAAAUAAAAAACUUUUAGUUCAGA